GUCAAAAAUUCGAUAUUUCACUAUUCCGGACGGCGGGCUAAAUUCAUUUUAUGAUCUUUUCUGAUAGAGUACAUUGAAACAAAUACUCCACUGAAAGAAUUUUUUGGAGCACGAAUUAUUUUCGGAGUUAUAAACGUUUCUGUCGUCUAUCUAUGGCUCGAUUCACACGGGCGAGUAGAUUCGCAGCGAGAUCGCAGCGAGUUUGACGGAAGCUCAACAUCCGCCAAUUCACAUGGGCGAGUUUCUCACGACCGCGAAUCUUCAGUUCGUUUUCACCGUCCAGUAUGGAUGCAUCAAAACGUGCAACAGUGGCGUACUUAACGUACCAAUACUUUUACAAGAAGGACUCUAAAAGAAAAUAUUGGGUUCAUCCUCUUGUGAGUGCUAAACUUCUAAAAAGGGCUUUUGUUACAACAUUUAGUGAUCUGCAAGAAGACCCAAUAAAAUUCUUCAAUUAUUUCAGAAUGAGUAUUCGGUCAUUUAACGAAUUAGCUAAUACAUUACACUAAAAUGUAAAAAUACAGUUAUGCGACUUGCGGUCAAUCCAGUGGAGAUGUUGGCUGUUACAUUGAGGUACUUGGGAAGUGGAUGCAGUAUGAUUGAGUUACAUUAUCAGUACAGACUAGAACAUUCUACUAUAACGAAAAUCGUCAGAAGAGUCUGCCAUGCCAUAUGGACUAAUCUUCGUCAGGAGUGUAUACCCCCAUUUUCUACUGAAGGGUGGCUGGAAAAGGCUGAAAUCUUCUUUGACCGCGCAAACUUCCCCAAUUGUUUGGGUGCCUUAGAUGGAAAACAUGUAAGGAUCGUUCAAUCAUCCGCUGAUGCCAACUAUAUGUUGUGCAAUUUUUGAGAACUCUUGUACUGCAUGUUAGAAGAGGGCAGGGCAAAUCUACCGAAGCCACAACUUUUUCCAGGAACAACUGCUACUAUAAUGCCCUUUACAUUUGUUGGGGAUGGAGCAUUUUCCCUAUCUGAUUUUGUCAUGAGACCUUAUACAGGAAAGUUUCUACAAUACAACAAACGAAUAUUCAAUUACCGUUUAAGUAGAGCUCGUAGGUAAGUAGAAUGUUCCUUCGGCAUCCUCACGAAUAAGUGGAGGGUAUUUCACAGAGCUAUUGGUGUAAAACUUGACUUAGUGAUGAGUAUAAUAAAAUGCUGUUGCGUUUUACAUAAUUAUAUAAGAGCAAGAGAUGGUUUUAAUAAAGAGGACACACUCGUUAUCAACGGCUUAUAUGACUCUGAUGAUAACAACAUCAGACAAGCUGGACGAACACUUACUCACAGGAGAAACGUUUUAGCAGAAUAUUUCGUAAGCAAUGCUGGUGCUGUUCCAUGGCAAGAUAAUUGUAUUUAAAGUUACAGUUGCAGUUAUAAGUCCUGAGCAAUAACUUAUGUUACAAAUUCUAAGCACUCCAUUUUUUAUUAUAAUAGAAAUUAUUGUCAAUGCAAUCGCACAAUCUUCUAUUAUCUUUUUAUUUAUCAACAAUAUGAUGUAUAGCAAUAAAGUGC